AAAUCGUUUUUUCUAAAAGUUUAUUAAGAGUGAUUUGCCCUCAGCUAGAGCACUGAGAAUCAAAAUGCCUACAGAAAACCUUUCAGAUAAACGCAUGUCCAAGUUUAAAAAUAAGGGCAAGGAGCCAACGAAAAUGCGUGACCGCAGAGUUGCGGAGUGUGUUGAGCUUCGAAAAGCUCAAAGGGUUGAGGGUAUCAUGAAGAGAAGAAAUAUUACAUCCUUGGGAGAUGAAGAACCUCUGUCACCAGAGUUUAACACUGACAAUGAACAGGUCAUCUGUACAACAAUUGAAGAAAUUGUUGUAAACGUUAACACUGACUGCCCAGAGAAGCAGAGGAACGGUUGUCAAGCGGCAAGGAAGCUGCUUUCUCGGGAAAGGAACCCUCCCCUGAAAGAGAUCAUCGAAGCAGGACUUCUGACCCGCUUUGUGGAGUUUCUAGGCAGGAAUGAUGACCCCACGCUGCAGUUUGAGGCUGCUUGGUCACUCACUAAUGUUGCAUCUGGCACCUCUUGGCACACACAGCAGGUGGUAGAGCACGGUGCGGUGCCAGCCUUCAUCGCACUUCUGGCUUCACCAAUGCUGAACAUCAGUGAACAGGCUGUCUGGGCUUUAGGCAACAUUGCAGGUGAUGGUUCCUCCUAUAGAGAUGCCUUGAUUGACUGUGGGGUAAUCCCUGCGCUGUUGGCACAGCUCACUCCAGAUGCUCCUGUGGGAUACCUUCGCAAUCUCACAUGGACCCUGUCGAACCUUUGUAGGAACAAGAAUCCCUUUCCUCGUUUCAGUGCCGUCCAACAAAUGCUCCCCUCCAUUAUUCAAUUACUCCAUCAUAGUGACAAAUCCAUCCUGUCUGAUGCAUGCUGGGCCAUUUCAUACCUGACUGAUGGACCAAACGAGCGAAUUGAUGUGAUCAUCAAGGCUGGAAUCCUUACACGGUUGGUUGAACUCUUGGCCUUUGAGGAACUUGCUGUGGUGACUCCAGCCCUACGUUCAAUUGGGAACAUUGUAAGUGGCUCAGACCUACAGACGCAAGCGGCCAUAGAUGCAGGCGUGUUGAGUGCUUUGCCCAGGCUGAUGCGGCAUCAGAAGUCCAGUGUUCAGAAGGAGGCAGCUUGGGCAGUGUCCAACAUUGCAGCUGGACCCUGCCAACAGAUCCAACAGCUCAUCACGUGUGGACUGUUGGCUCCACUAGUGGAUCUACUAAGAAAUGGUGACUUCAAAACCCAACGAGAGGCAGUGUGGGCAGUGACCAACUACACAAGCGGUGGGACUGUAGAGCAAGUCGUUCAUCUGGUUAAGUGUGGUGCUUUAGAGGCUAUUUUGAACUUGCUGCAAGUUAAAGACACCAAAACUGUCCUGGUCAUCUUGGAUGCCAUCAGUAACAUUUUCCUGGCUGCUGAGAAACUAGGGGAGGUGGAUAAGCUUUGUUUGUUGGUGGAGGAAGUGGGAGGGCUGGAUCGAAUUGAGUUUCUUCAGAACCAUGAGAACAAUGCUGUUUACAGAGCGGCUCAAGCUCUAAUUGAGAAGUAUUUCAGUGAGGAUGGUGAAGAUCAGUGCCUGACAACUGAAGCCACAGAUGCAAACUUUGUCUUUGGAGCAUCUGAGGUCCAAAAGAGAUUUGACUUUGAUUGACUUGAUUUUUUUUAAAAUGAUUAAAUUUAAUAAAUAAAUGGAGAUUUU